UGCACGAGCUCACGUGACGAGACAACCCGAGACUUGACACUCAUUGUGACUGACUUGUCGCUGCCAAGCCAGGGAAAGCAGGAGGAUGACGUUCAGACAACACUUGGCCACGUCGUGCGUGACAGUAAUGGCAGUCGCAGUUGUCAUGGCAGACACUGUAGAGGCCAUGUCCCACACGACGUCCAUCGGGUUCUCCGCCUCUACCCCUGGGAUACAGUACUAUGAUGAGGGUGGUAAUGCGCUGUUCAUCAACAUGGCGUUUCCCCUGGUGUCUGGGCGGUUACUCCAGAUCUGCUUCUACAUCCACAAAAAUUUCGACAACAACUACACGGGUACGUUCUUCGUCUUCCAACAAAACACCAGAGGAUACAGACUUGUCUUCCAGCAGAAUGUUGUCUUUCCUAAGACGCAGGGCAGGCAUUGCGUCAACAUGACCGAGCCUCCAUUGGUCAGAAAGGGUCAGUUCCUGGGAUGGAGGUACGACAAGGAUGCUGGCCCCAUCUCCUACACCAUCCCGGACCAGGAGAUCGGAACUAUGGUGGUCAACAAUGUCCCCGCCCCAAUGGUUGUAGGGCUGACCUAUGGGAGUCGGAGCUUCAUCAAGACCUACUUCUUUAAAGUGGAGGCCAUUAUAGAGCUCGGUCUGACCGGCUCGACUGGGCCAGCCGGGAUCAUUGGUGCCACGGGUCCGGAUGGACGCCCCGGGUUGACGGGUCCAACUGGACAGAAGGGUGACCAGGGUGCCAAGGGAACAGUUGGACCACCUGGAACACAGGGUGUCACUGGCAGCCCCGGACAGAAGGGCGACGUGGGUGAGCAGGGAGUAUCAGGGCUCCCUGGACCCCCAGGACAGCAGGGACCAGCCGGUACCAUAGGCAGUGCUGGUAACACUGGAAAGGACGGAGUCACGGGUCGCCCUGGCCCUCCAGCGGAACGAGGUGAAACCGGAAGUCCUGGGUCACGUGGGAUGCGCGGGGACGCUGGGCAAACGGGGAUGGCAGGAGUUACUGGCGUGCCAGGUGCUAGGGGAUCUUCGGGCGAGCCUGGCAGGGACGGGACACCAGGAAUGCCAGGAAUUACUGGACAGAUGGGAUAUUCUGGUAUGACAGGCGUCAGAGGCUUGCCAGCGUCGGCAGGAAUGACCGGGCAGAGAGGGCCAACAGGAAUCCAAGGAGACCCGGGCAUGACGGGAUUCCCAGGCCCCGCAGGGAGACCAGGAACACAGGCAGGACCGGGCAGCACGGGGCAGACUGGCAUCCCGGGGAUUGAAGGAUCCACUGGUCCACCAGGGCGUCCUGGACCCGCAGGCAGCAUGGGCAUACCAGGAACAAUGGGUCCAGUAGGAUUCCCUGGAACAUCUGGAGCGACCGGACUUCAUGGCGACAGGGGAGGUGAUGGAGUAACUGGGCAGUCCGGGUCUCCGGGGCAGCCAGGACUAGCAGGUCCUCCAGGUGAUAUUCAGUGUAUAAUGUCCACGUGGGUCGUCUGGUUCUACCGGCCCCUGGGUACUACAGGAGAGACAGGGUUGAGAGGUCCACCAGGGUUUGAUGGUGCUGCUGGCUGGUCAGGGGCUGCAGGUGUAACCGGACCAGCGGGUGCGACCGGUGCUCUGGGUUCACCCGGAACUACGGGGUUUACAGGGGUACCUGGGAGCCAGGGCGAUCCUGGCGUAACUGGCCCAGAUGGCGCAACAGGUGCCGGCAGCACUGGACAGACGGGAACAACAGGGGCCUCGGGCAGAGACGGGAUGCCAGGGGCCAUGGGAUAUACGGGCACACCAGGAAUGACUGGGUAUGUUGGGGCAACGGGUGCAGAAGGUGUAAUAGGCCAGCCUGGUGUUCCUGGAGCUGUAGGGGUGACGGGGACCUCGGGCCUUACAGGCCCUGCAGGAAUGACAGGCCCUGGUGGACACACUGGUCAGCAAGGUCCUGCAGGGGCCCGUGGGGCAACAGGAGUUGGUGGUGCGGACGGGAUGGCUGGCAAGACAGGCCCAGCAGGCAUUACAGGGAUGUCUGGACAUCCAGGUACCCCGGGUAGUGACGGUGCCUCCGGCAGCCCGGGACAGACUGGAGUGACUGGCAACCUAGGGAACGAUGGUUCUGCAGGAGUUACUGGCCAGUCAGGGCUGCAGGGUGUUUCGGGGAUACCAGGCAUGUCGGGGGAUCCAGGACCACCAGGGAUGUCGGGAGGACAAGGACCUCAAGGAGAUGCUGGCAUGACAGGACCUUUCGGACAGACAGGUUUACCGGGAGAAACAGGAAUGGCAGGACUCAAGGGGGGCACAGGUGCAAUGGGAUCUUCAGGCCCAGCGGGACAAACAGGGCCGAUUGGACACAGUGGUAUGCCUGGCAUCACGGGGAUGAGUGGAGAAAUGGGCAAGGAUGGAGAGCCGGGUGUUAAUGGCACGGAUGGAGCUCCAGGGGUCACUGGACCAGCUGGUCCUGUUGGGGCUUCUGGAGCUGUUGGUGCAUCUGGCGUAGCUGGACCACAGGGACCAAAUGGCUCCACUGGUCCUCGAGGUGCGACAGGUGUAGCUGGCCCUGUUGGUAUGUCUGGAUCAGCUGGAAGUGUUGGAGACACAGGCAUGACAGGUGUCAGAGGCUCAGAAGGACCGGUAGGAACCACAGGAGCUGCUGGCAUGACAGGACUUACUGGCAGUGACGGUGUACCCGGAGGCACAGGACCUGAUGGUGUGACAGGACUUGAUGGUGUAAGCGGUCAAACAGGUCUGCCAGGUUCUGAUGGAAUGCCAGGCGUCACUGGGUCAGUUGGGGAUACUGGUCCUCAAGGUAUGAGAGGAUAUAGGGGUUUCAAUGGUUCCGAUGGCCCUCCAGGUGCAUCUGGUAUAAAUGGAUAUAACGGAACAAAGGGCGAUGAUGGCAUGACUGGUGCUACAGGAGGGGUGGGGGCGACAGGUCCAGGUGGAACAAUUGGAUAUACUGGACAGUCAGGAUUGACAGGAGCACCUGGUGCCAUGGGCGUCACUGGUCCGGCUGGAGUAGAUGGAAUGACAGGUCUAACUGGAAUGCAAGGGCUACGAGGACAACCAGGUGCACAGGGCAUUACAGGGGUGUCUGGGUUACAGGGUCCCAGUGGAAGUGCUGGCAUGAAAGGCGAUAUAGGGGUAACUGGUCAACAAGGAAUACCAGGAAACGAAAGGUGAGGCGCAACGGGACAAGCAGGUCCAGAGGGAGCUACAGGGUUAAUGGGCCCAUCAGGGAUUAAUGGAUCAUCAGGAGCAGCUGGUCUACAAGGAAUCGCCGGCCCUGCUGGUAUGACCGGUACACCUGGUGUUUCAGGGAGUAUAGGUUUAACCGGAAUGUCUGGUACACCAGGCGUAAAUGGGAUACCUGGCUCGAACGGCACUUCUGGUCAGGAUGGUUUGCCAGGAGCACCCGGCUCACCUGGGGAAACUGGAACCGAUGGUCCACCUGGAGUGUCUGGCAGCACGGGGAUUUCUGGUUCUAUAGGUCCUACUGGAGAAGCUGGGAUUCCUGGUUCUACUGGAUCUCCUGGUAUGAUUGGUCCAGUUGGUAUCAGUGGAAUGACUGGGGAAUCCGGACCUCGGGGGUACUCUGGAGUUCCUGGAGUGUCCGGGACAACAGGGCUUCAGGGAUCUGCAGGAGAAACUGGGACAUCUGGAAUACCAGGACACAUAGGACCACCAGGUCUGCCCGGAACAGUUGGGGCCACGGGCGUGUCAGGGUCUGUGGGCCCCAAUGGUACGACCGGACAGACAGGACCUAGGGGUGAAAUGGGGGCGGUUGGCUACACCGGCAGCACCGGAAAACAGGGGCCACUAGGAUUCCAGGGGGAUGCGGGAAUCACAGGAUGGAGUGGACCAAGAGGAUUGGAUGGAGUGACUGGUAAUACAGGCAGUGCAGGCCCAGCUGGUAUGACAGGUAUUACUGGACCUGAAGGCAAACUCUAUGAAUACCCUGAUUUCUGCAACUCCAGCUCGUGUGAGCAUCUCUGUAUCAACAUCGGCGACAGUUUCGAGUGUCGCUGUCGGGACGGUUAUAAGUUGACUGCCGACAACAGCUCCUGUGACGAUGUGAAUGAGUGCACGAUGUACGGACCAUGUGAACACCUAUGCAACAACACUGUCGGGAGUUUUGUCUGCAGCUGUCGGCCAGGCUUCAACCUGUCAUCCAACAACAGAAACUGUGAAGAUUUCAAUGAGUGUGAACACAACAUGUGCUCAUCCGUUGGCUACAGCGGGACUCCCGUUUGCAUCAACACUAUGGGAUCAUUUCACUGCAUUGGGUUUACGCCAAUCUCCCUGAAUAAUGUCGAAGAAUAUUCUGAAGACGGACCAAACGCCGCCGAAGGUCUGAGCGACUCUCCACAAGGUCGUUCGUUCCCAAACAACCUUGCCAGCACCACCUAUGUGCUCACCAUCCUCGUGGGCUGUCUACUGGGGGCCGUCGUCCUCAUUGCCCUUGCCCUCAUCCUCCUGGCCUACAGGACCCGGACGUCCCGCCCCCGCCAACCCAACCCACCCACCGUGUACCGACUCCACCCUGACAUGUGUGAACCGCGGAGGAACACCCCCCAGAGAAGAGAUGUGGAAUCCGGGGCUCUGCGUGAACAGUCCUACGUGAAUCAACCGCACCCUGGCAUGACGUUAUGAUGUAUGUGUCAUGUCAUUGUGAUGUAUGUGUCAUGUCAUUGUGAUGUAUGUGUCAUGUCAUUAUGAUGUAUGUGUCAUGUCAUUGUGAUGUAUGUGUCGGGUCAUUGUGAUGUAUGUGUCGGGUCAUUGUGAUGUAUGUGUCAUGUCAUUGAAUAGAUGGACGAUUCCUUU